UGCCUGCCACCCCGGGGAUCUCGCACUGGCCCCUGGGCGCGAGGUGACCCUGCGACUGCCCGGCCUCUGCCUCUGCCCUCGCGGUCCCCUCGCUCGUCGCGCGCGCCCUGGGCCUGUCUUCGCGUGGGUCCUGGCUCCUCCCGUUCCGCAGUCGGUGCCGCCUGACAGCCCCUUGGGCGCAGCGCGGCGGGUGUCGGGCGGGCGCUUCCGGCCUGAGGCCCGGCGAGGUGUGGGCGCGAUCGGGGCCGGAGCCGGCGCGGAUGGGUAGCUCGGUCCGCGGGGGCAGGGCCGGGCUGCGGCCUCACCGCAGCCUCGCCUGAGCCGGCGCUACUGAAGCGGAGGGCGGGCGGCCUGGGCCGCGGGCCUCUGGAGGAUGGUGGCGCCCUGGCGCGUCUCCGUCAGGGUUUUCCUGUCGCACCUGAGGUGUUUCGAGCUCAGACAGGGACUCGGCCUCCUGAGGCCCUCCGAGUGCCCUCGCGAUGCCAGGCUCUGCUGGCUUCUGCUGGGCACUUUGCCCAAGCUCGUCUCCACCUGCGGGGACGUGGGUGAGGGGGCCCCUGACGUCCUGGGUCGGCAAAGGGUCCGCUGGAGCGGCGCGGCUGGCGCGGGGCCCGCGGAGAGCCUCCCCCGAGCGGGACCGCUGGGCGGCGUCUUCCUGCAUCUCCGCCUCUGGCUUCGUGCCGGCGCUCUGCUGGUGAAAUUCUUCCCCCUCCUUCUCCUCUACCCGCUCACCUACCUGGCUCCCAGCGUCUCCACGCUCUGGCUCCACCUGCUUCUGAAAGCCACCGAGACCUCAGGCCCAACCUACAUCAAACUGGGCCAGUGGGCCAGCACCCGGCGCGAUCUGUUUUCCGAGGCUUUCUGUGCCCAGUUUUCCAAGCUGCAUGUCCGAGUGACCCCCCACCCGUGGACUCACACUGAGCGCUUCCUUCGGGAGGCUUUUGGGGAGGAAUGGGGGGACAUCCUCUCUUUUGAGAACCGGGAACCUGUGGGCUCAGGCUGCGUGGCCCAGGUGUACAAAGCAUACGCCAACACCGCAUUCCUGGAGAUUGACAGCGUCCAGAGACUUGGCAGGGCCUCCUGUCUGCCGCCCUCCUCAGAAGCUGGGGCAGUCGCGGGGUUGAGAGAGCUCUUUGGAUACCUUGGAAAUGGCCAGAAACCUCCAGGAAAUCUCGCAGACCAGUCGUUUCUAGAAAGGCUGCUCCUUCCUAAUACUGACCUGGUUGGAUCAAGUGCAGGGGCAUCUCAGGCUCCCGUCCCUGGCUACCACCCUGAGCCAGGUCACCUCAUCCCCGUGGCAGUGAAAGUGUUGCACCCUGGCUUGCUCUCUCAGGUGCAUAUGGACCUGCUGCUGAUGAAGAUUGGCAGCCGAGUCCUCGGACUUUUGCCAGGCAUCAAGUGGCUUAGCUUGCCUGAGAUUGUGGAGGAAUUUGAGAAGCUGAUGGUCCAACAGAUUGAUGGUGCUUUUCUGACUCUGCACCGAGAACCGCCUCACCAAGGCAGCGGCAAAACCACCUCGCCGGCCACAGGAGUCGCGCUGGUGACCCGUGGGGCUCCUCUGCUGGGAAUUUCCUGGUGCGUGAGCAACAAAAAUUGA